GGAGUUACGGGAAUUGAGGAGGCUUUGACAUCCCGUGGAAUCAGGACUUUGCUAUUUACCGGCGCUAAUACAUAUCAAUCUGUCGGUGGGAGCCUUCCGGAAGCCUCUACAAAGAGCUGGGACUACCUCUUGCUGAGCGACGGACGUGGAACUACGAGUCCGGAGUUUGCAAGGGAGUAUAUCGAACAUAACUUCAAAGAUUAA